GUGGAAGAGGGCGUGCGGAGCAGAGUAGUUUCCGUUAUCCACUGUCUUGUCUCUUAGAAAUUCUCGCUCUUUAAAUACCCCAUAUCUUUCAAUCUUCUCUCCAUAAAUAUCUCUCUGUUCAUCCAGAAAUUAGGGUUUUUGCAAAUAUCUGAUCUUCCAACACCAAUCCAAUUCUUCAACAAUGGUUUCCGAUUCCGUUAACGUUUCACUUUCUUCUGCCCCGAGCGCGAGAGAUUUCGGCAAGAAAAAGCGGACCAACCGAACUGCCAAAUUGAAGCAGUGCAAGCUUGAUGCUCGUCGCGAGCAAUGGCUUUCUCAAGGAGUUAUGUCAGGUUCUGUGAAGGACAAGGGGUUUAAGGAUGGAACCAAUAGAGCAUGCAUGCCCCUUGUGGGUAGGGAAAGAAACCCGCCCUUGGAUGCUCUGGAAAUGAGGCGAAGAGGGCACGGGAUUGAGGAUAAUCAUGGAUCCAUCCAUCUCGAGAGCGAUUCUGAGUCGCCUUCCAACAGUCCCAAAAGCAUUCUUCUUGGUGGUACUAAUUCUGGAACUAAUUUCACUGGGAGUAGCAGUAGCAGCAGUGGUGGCUGUUGCUCUGGCAACAUCACCGAAGAGGAAGAAAAUGAUGAUGACGGCUGCUUGGAUGAUUGGGAGGCAGUUGCGGAUGCUUUGGUAGCCAGCGAUAAUCAAGAAUCCAGGAAUUCUUGUCAGGAACAGCCCCUGGAGGACGAGCCUGUUGAGCAGUUGAAUUCAAAAUCUUCAACUGGGGUGUGUUUGGGUGUUGAGAAUUUGAAGCAAGAGGGUCCUAGAAUGGUUCCUAAGAACCCCAUGGAUAACCGGGCGUGGAGGCCUGAUGAUGCCUUUAGGCCUCAAAGUCUGCCAAAUUUGUUGAAGCAACAAAGUUUUCCAAAUACUGAUCGGCAUUUUCGUCGGGGACAGCUUCCAUGGACUUGUAGCAGUGCGGUAAGCGUGCCUUCCUCAUGUCCAAUUUGCUGUGAAGCUUUGGAUCUCACGGACUCAAGUUUUUUCCCCUGUGUGUGCGGGUUCAUGCUUUGUCUAUUCUGCCACAAGAAGAUUCUUGAGGGGGAUGGGCGCUGCCCUGGCUGCAGGAAGCCCUAUGAGCAUAAUGCUAUGGAGGCUGAACUGAGUGUGCAUGGACAUAGCUUGACAUUACGACUUGCUUGUUCGUCUAGCAUGGUAGAAAGAUCCUAGGAGCUGUCUCUAUUUAGGUGGUUGUGCCGGGUCUUUCUUUUCUUUGUGUCUCACGUGAUUGGAUGGCUUUAGACUAUCUGGUUUUCAUAGUAGCAGAUUGAUCUUAUUACUUUUGGCACCCGGGAAUUGAGCUGCUUUUCUUAUGAGUUUGAUUCUUAUAUAUAUGGUGCAUAUGUUGAUGUAGAGGACCCAUUUUGGUAUGUUAAUAGAUAAGGUGGGUAUAGUAUUCAAUACACAACAAGUGGUUAUAGCAUAUUAUAUACCCUUCUGUUUCCGUGCUUUUGUGAAUUAUUUGAUCUUCUGUAGUGGUGCAUAUUGGACUUCUGUUUCUUA